AGCAUUUCUGGCAGGGGCGAAAAGUGACAAAAAAUGGCCGAUGCAAAUCAAAACAUCAUUUGCGCUCCGGACGAUUGUGCGAUAAAAAUUAGCAAAUGGAAAGUGCGUGAAGGUUUUCCGGUGACCAGCGGCAGCAUUAUACUGUUCUACGAGCAGCUGGAUGGAAGCGACAAGGAAGUGAAGCGCUUGAAGGCCACAAAAAGUGGCGUCGUAAAGAGGCGCCUAGCACGAGAAGGCGCAACUGUGGCGAAAGGCAAGCCGGUACUCGAGCUUGGACAAUGCAGCCACACGACGGUGAUCAAGGACAUGUGCGCCGACUGUGGGGCCGAUUUGCGCCAGGAUGAGCCCAGCAGCAGCAGCUCCAAGGCCUCCGUGCCGAUGAUACAUUCGGUGCCGGAGCUGAAGGUGACGGAAACGUUGGCCAAAAAGCUCGGCCAAGCCGACACCGAGAGGCUGCUGAGUGACAGGAAGUUGGUGCUACUGGUGGAUCUCGAUCAGACGCUCAUUCACACCACGAACGAUAAUGUGCCAAACAACCUGAAGGACGUUUAUCACUUUCAACUGUACGGCCCCAACUCGCCCUGGUAUCACACGCGGCUCCGGCCGGGUGCGUUGGAGUUUUUGGCCAAAAUGCAUCCAUACUACGAGCUACACAUAUGUACCUUCGGAGCACGCAACUACGCGCACAUGAUCGCACAAUUCCUCGACAAGGACGGUAACUUUUUCUCCCAUCGCAUCCUCUCGCGCGACGAGUGUUUCAACGCGACCAGCAAGACGGACAACCUGAAGGCGCUGUUCCCGUGCGGUGACUCGAUGGUGUGCAUCAUCGACGACCGCGAGGACGUGUGGAACAUGGCGUCGAACUUGAUACAGGUGAAGCCGUACCAUUUCUUUCGCCACACGGGCGACAUAAACGCCCCACCCGGCAUGUCCAAGAACGAGCUGGAUGGGAAGGGUGUGGACUUUAAGGAGCUGAUGAGUCAGUCCCAGAAGGGGAAGAAAUCGAAAGAGGCAGACGAUGAAGGACGCCCGCCGACGCCCAAACUACAAGCGUCGACAGGCGGUGGAAAGCAGCAACCGUGCGAGAAAAGCAUGCCCGAGCACGUGCUGGACGAUAACGCAGAGGAGGAGGACGAGUCGACGGCGGCGGUAGAGAAAUCGAAUCCAGAGGAUACUAGCGACAAAGGGGAAGCAACAGCUACUAAAGACGAAAAAGAGGCGGUGGAAGAUGCAGUUCCGACCAGUACGGACAAUUCCUGUACUGUAGAGGAUGGGAAAGAAAAAGAAAUUGAGUCAAAAGAGAACGAGGCCACCGCAAAGCAGGAAAGUGAUGCUGGAAAAGAGACGAGAGAAGGGGAAGCCGAAAAUGAGGAGCAACCACAAGAACAUCAGACACCAGAUAUGAAAGUAAAAGCGGAAACCGAAGCAGAAACAGACGCAACAGCAGAAACAGACGUAACAGCAAAAACAGAGGCAAAAGCAGAAACCGAAACAGAAACAGAGGCAAAAGCUGAACCAGAAGAGAACGCAGACGUAGCUGAGCAGGUAGACAAAAUCACAACCGAAAGCGAUGGGAAAUCGAAAGCUGCUGCCAAAGAGGAGAACAGUUCGGCCAGAAAUACGAAACAGGAAAAGGAACUGAUCGAGCUGGAAGAUCCGGACGAUUAUUUACUCUACCUCGAGCACAUUCUGCUGAAAAUUCACGAAACAUUCUACGAAGAGUACGACAAGUCGAAGACCAUUUCCGAUCUGAAGCAGCUUAUACCGCAGGUGAAGGCGCGCGUUCUCGUCGGGGCGAAGCUCUGCUUCUCCGGUCUAAUACCGAACAAUGUGAAGCUGGAGCAGAGCAAAGCGUACCUGAUCGCACGCAGUCUCGGUGCGGCGGUUACCCAGAACCUGGAACCAACGACGACGCAUCUGGUGGCGGUUACGAUCGGUACCUCCAAGGUGAACAAUGCUCGCAAAAAUCCCAAAAUUAAAAUCGUCACCCCCGAGUGGCUGUGGUCGUGUGCGGAACGGUGGGAACACGUGGAGGAGCUGCUGUAUCCGCUGAAAGCGUCGAAUCCGGCCAAAAUGCGACAGCCACCACCACACUGUCACAGUCCAGAGCAUGCGGUUAAUUACGGUGCUGUGGUCAAGUCGCGGGAAGAGCCCAAGUUCAUGGACACGGUCAAUCCACUGCUGAGCUUUUCGAACGACGAUCUCGAUGCGAUGAACAACGAUUUCGACGACUUUUUCGAGUCGGACGAUAGCAGCAGCGACGACGAGCCGGUCGACAUAGAAAACCCUCCGAUGGAGAAGGCACUGCGGAAGCGGAAGCGGGUCGAAGAGAUUGAAACCAACCGGGGGCGUCACAACAUCUUCCGGAAGCGGGUGGAGGAGGAACAGGAAAAGGAGGAGAACAGACGCAUCCUGAAGUACGACAAUCCGGAGAACAAUGACGAAAACAGUCAAACCAACGCGUCGUCCGAGGAUGAGGACGAGAGUCCAAGCGCAAAGUUCCGGCGGGGUGAGAAUCUACCAUCCGACCUGGACAUGGGAUCGAACAGCGAGGGAAGCGACGAGCCGAUCGACGACGUGGACGACGGAGACUGGAAUAUGAUGGGAGCAGCACUGGAGCGGGAAUUUCUGGGGCUAGACGAUUAGACCGUUCUCGGAAGCUGCGACUGGAAGGAGGUUGAGAAUAAAAAUACAUUCAGUAUCAACUGUA